AUGCCGACAAGAGAGGAGAUCGUCGCCGUAAUCCAAGAAGUCUACCACCGCGCCGCCGCCACCAAGCCCUACUCUUUUGAAGAAUCUACUCAGAUCAACAAGAAGUGCGUUGAAGAUGUUACCGCCAUCCUGGUCGAGAAGAAUCCAAAUUACAAGUACAUCAUCACGUCGGCCAUGUUUCGUCUGAGCGGCGGCGAUUCUGGGCUUGGUGUGUCGACCGUCACCUACUGGGAGGCCGGACGAGACCAGACGAUAACUUAUCGAUGGGAGGGCCGCGAAAUGACUGCCAUACUCAAUGUCUUCAUCGUGAAUCACCAAGCUGUCGACGAUCAGCGCAACCUUCAGCAUUAUGCG